AUGAAAAUGAAAAACGAAGUCAAAGUUGAAUCUUCAAAUGUCGAUUUAGUUUCUGUUGUCAAUUAUACACAUAACAAAUUGAAAAAUAAUCUUUCUAAUACUACUGACAACAAAGCAACGACAGAUGAUAUUGAGUCAAAUCUUCCAUCGAUACCAGUCAUUCUGUCUACAUCACCCAAACAGUCACAAGAUAAUGUAGAUAAUAUUCGUCCAGCCUGUUUAGUUAGUCGAAUACUAUCUCCGAUAAACAGUACAAAUUUUUCCACAUCAUUGUCGCCUCCAUCAUCCUCUACCACAACAUCGUCAACAUCGCCCGUUAAAUUACAUCGGCGAACAUUUAACAUCUGUGAUAUUUUGGGUGCUGAUAACAACAACAACAACACAAAUAAUGAUCUCGUUGACGAUAAUAAUAAUAAAAAUCGACAAGAGACAACAAAAAAUGAAAUGAUUUUUCUAUUAAAAAAACCCAAAGCUCAUCGUUUAUCUGAUAUAAUAAAAGAUUAUUCAUCCACUACUACCGUCAUAAAUCAAGUACAAAAAAAUGAUAAAAAAUAUUUGACAUCUGCACCAAACUCUCAUUUGAUAAAAGAUGAAAAAUAUGACAAUAGAAAAUCUAUUAAACGAACAUUUUCACAUUCAGACGAUGAUUCACUAAGUGAUUGUGAUGCAUUAGAUGAUCAAUUAUCAGAAAAUGGUGAUAAACGAGAUGGUAGUCCAGAUUUAAAUGCUUCAAUUAGUGAUGGUGAUAAAUCAAAAUCAUCAUCAUCAUCCGAUAAACCAUCAAAACAACGUCGAGCACGCACUGCCUUUACCUAUGAACAAUUGGUUGCAUUAGAAAAUAAAUUUAAACAAACACGUUAUUUAUCUGUAUGUGAACGACUAAAUCUCGCUUUAUCAUUAUCAUUAACUGAAACACAAGUAAAAAUAUGGUUUCAAAAUCGUCGAACAAAAUGGAAAAAACAAAAUCCCGGUUUGGAUGUUAAUAGUCCAACAAUACCUACAUCAACAAAUGGAUGUUCGUCACCAUAUGCAGCGGCAGCUGCCUUAUGCGCUGCACAAUUUGGAUUUCCUUCUUCACAUUUAUCGCAUUCCGCAGCCGCUGGUUAUCCUUUAAUGUCACCACUCUAUGCACAUGCUCUUUAUGCAAGAAAAUUUUCUUGA